CUAUGAUAUACGUUCUCUGCUAAAAUUGAGAAAAAAAUACAUUUGUAAUAAAUAAAAUAGAUACUGAUGACCAAACUAUAAUUUUUAUAUAUUACAUACAUACUCAUAACAAUAUAUAUAAAGUUAGUUAUUAAGUUACAUACUUGUAUUAUCAAGUUUUGUGCCAAAAAUUAUAUAAAAAACUAAGUUUACCAAAUUUCAAUAUGAGUAACUAUUGUGACCGAGCAGUAGUCAAGAAGUGGAAUUGAAGUUCUAUUUAUUUACAUUUUUUGUUUUCACAAUGUCGGAUGAAUAUGAGUUCGCUGCAAAAGGGAAAUUAAAGCUUAAAAAUGAUAGCCAACACAAGAAAAAGAAAAAAAGUAAACAUAAACAUAAAGACAAGGAGCGUGAAAAAGUGUAUUUGCAAACUAGCAUAAACGAGUCGUUGGAGGAUAAAGUCAGCAGUGGCGCUGCACCGAAACUGACUAAGGCCGAACUUGCAUUUAAACAGCAACAGGAAAAAAUGCGCAACAAACGCAUUAUGGAGAAAGCUUCAACAACACACAAGGAGCGCGUAGAAAAGUUCAAUGAGCACUUGGAUUCGCUGACAGAGCACUUUGAUAUACCGAAGGUUUCCUGGACAAAAUAGUGGAGUGCUUAUGCAUUGCUUGCGUCUUAUAUAAACAACUUAUUAUGCUUAACUUCACAUGUAUAUUUAUUUGAAAAUUAAAUAAAAUCCGGCAUAAUGCAUAUUUCGCUAUUUAAAACAUCUUAAA